AUGGAAGAGGAUCAUGUUAAUGAUCAUCGUGGUUGGGACCAGCUAUUGCCAGACACACUUGGUUUAAUCUUUUGUAAACUCUCUUUAAAAGAAUUGCUCACCGUGGUUCCAAUAGUGUGUAAAUCAUGGGACAAAGUGGUGAAAGGGCCAUUUUGCUGGCAAGAGAUAGAUAUUCUAGAUUGGUGUAACAAUGAAUUCUCGCCCGAGAAAAUCGAUAGAAUGGUCCGAAUGCUCAUCACAAGGAGCGGAGGUUCUUUAAGAAAGCUCUACGUUUGUCGACUACAAGGCGAUCCAAUAUUCUCCUUCAUUGCCGACAACGCGCGUUGUCUUCAGAUACUAGUAUGUGCAGGAAGUGAUAUGAGCAAUGAUGUUAUAGAAAUGACUGCCGGAAAAUUCUCUUCCUUGACCUCAUUGGAUUUGAGUUAUUGCCUCCAUAUAGGUGACCGAGCUCUCGAGGCCAUCGGUAAGAAUUGUCGGUUACUUUCGUCUCUAAGGAGAAAUAUGUACAUGUUCCACAUGGAAACAUUCCAUAACGAGGAAGCUAGGGCCAUUGCUGGCACAAUGCGAAAGUUGAAGCAUUUGGAGAUAAGAAACUUCCGGGUGGAAACAAAUGCUGUGUUAGAGAUCAUUGCCAAGUGUGGUGAUUUGGAAUUGUUGGAUGUAAGGGGUUGCCACAAUCUUAAUAUUGAUCACUUGAAACUAAAAAACAAGUUCCAUAAUUUGAUGAUUUUGGGCCCUUGUUUGGAUUUGGAAUCAUUCAUUGCUUUUUUAAAUAGAAAUUGGGUUGAACAAUUCAAUACUUAUAUCAGACGUUUUAACCGUCAUGAGAUGUUUAAGAAUGAUAAUGAUGAUGGUCAUGUUCAUGUUCAUACUUGGGUGAUGCCUCCUACACUUGUUGAGCAUUAUUUGAAUAGUUUUCUUAUGCUUCUAUAA